GUUUACAUUGCUCAUCAUGCGCCAUGCGAUUCUUGGUUACGUGAUGACGUGGUCUGAAAGAUUUCCAGUGGAACUCGGAAGAGAAGCGACUGUUGUAUUCUAAAUCAAGAGAUAGAAAUGAAAUUGAAGAUCUAGACCCCUGGCUGCCAUGGAGUCUGAGGGGAAUGUGCUCCGCGUGGACUUCCCAAACUUCUCUGGAACCAUGCUGCAGAAGCUCAACCAGCAGCGGCAGAGGGGCCAGCUCUGUGACAUCAUCGUAGUCAUCCAGGGACACCAGUACCGUGCUCACCGGGCCAUCUUGGCUGCCAGUUCGCCCUACUUCUGCGACCAAGUGCUCCUUAAAAACAGUGCCCGCUGCGUUUUACCUGACGUCAUGCACCCGUGCGUGUUCGAACGUCUCCUCCUCUCUUGCUACACGGGCACCCUGCACCUACCUGCCGGCGAGGUGGUAGCUUUCCUCACGGCAGCUAGCUUCCUCCAGAUGUGGCACGUGGUGGACAAAUGCACUGAGCUCUUAGAGGUGGUAGGAAGCGGUGCUAGCACAUUAGUGCACAAGUCUUCUGGUGGGCUGAGGGACAGGCCUUUCCCUGGGGACAGUAGCUACCACAGCCCCGGGGACGGCUCCAUGGGCCUGGAGGAUGGUGGAGGAGGAGGAGCAGUAGAGGGCUUUGCCAAAAUGGAGAUGGACCAGCUCCUGGAGAACAGCUUCUCCCCUCCCACUCUUGAGAACAACAGCACCCAGCCCAGCGGAAGCUGCUCGCCACCGGUCGACCACGAUGGCUCAGGUAGUGAGGUCGCCAGCCAGGAUGGGGACGUUGAAGAGGGUGGCGAGGGGUACUACCAGUACUCCAGACCUGCCUAUGUCCCACCCAGUAUCAUGGGCCACAGGAAAUGGGUCCACGUAAAGUCAGAAAGGCGCGCAGAUUGCAAGGGUGACGGGGCCCUCUUUAGCGGGGACCCUGCGGUCACUGACCCUGAGCAGCUGAAACUUACCCACUCCCAGGCCUCAGCCAGCAGGAGCUCCCUGGACCACGGCAUUGAUGAGAAACCGGUGGCUCAGCUGGAGGAGAGCCUGGAGGAGGAUCCUCUGGACUUCUACGGUACCUCCAUAGAGGGCUUCUCCACCGACAAGGCCGACGGGACACCGCUUGGACUGAAAGAUGACCUGCUAGAAGGGGCAACCGGAGUUGAGGAGAGUGGUGGUGGAGGAGAAGGAACCCCUGGUGGCCUCCAGGAAGAGACCUCCCACUCGGGCUUCGCCUCAGUGGUCUACAAGCUGUACCCCUGCCAGUGUGGCAAGAGCUUCACUCACAAGAGCCAGCGGGACCGGCACAUGAGCAUGCACCUGGGCUUGCGGCCGUAUGGCUGCGCCGUGUGUGGCAAAAGUUUCAAGAUGAAACACCACCUGGUCGGCCACAUGAAGAUUCACACGGGCGUCAAGCCCUACGAGUGCAGCCUGUGUGCCAAGCGCUUCAUGUGGCGGGACAGCUUCAACAGACACACGUCCUCCUGCACCAGGGUCCAUCAGGCCCGGUGCGCCGUCAACGAGCAGGCCGCCCAGAUCUGCUGAUCUCAGAUGUUAUUUCCAAACUACCAUUCACCUCGUCCCCCCCCCCACCACUAUCCCAUAUCAGUUUCACUGAAUAGGCUGCUCAGAUGUGCCUGUCCCGGGAUCAGAUUAAGACAGUGCUGCUUGGAUGACCACCUUCCAAUCAGUUUAGCUGGAUUUAGGAUUAUAUAUCCGAGCAGCGGCCUGAGCCACCGACGCAUCACAUAUAACUGAUCCAAGAUCAGAAUCCUGGAAAGCUUUGUAGUCUAGUCAGGUCUGCUUGUGUGGAAUCAGAACCUUAGGUCCUGCGGUGUGUGGACUGCUAUACAGGGCAUUCUGAAAGUAUUCAGACCCCUUGACUUUUUCCUAAUUAUGUUAUGCUUCAGCCUUAUUCUAAAGUGUAUUACAUUGUUUUUUAUUCCCCUUAUCAAUUUACACACAAAGACCCCAUAAUGACAAAGCAAAAACAGGUUUUUGCUCAUUUAUUUAAAAUAAAACACUCUCUACACAGAUAUUUUCAGGUCACUCCAAAGAUGUUCGAUCGGGUUCAAGUCCGGGUUCUGGCUGGGCCACUCAAGGACAUUCAAGAACUUGUCCCGAAGCCACUCCUGCUCUGUCUUGGCUGUGUGCUUAGGGUCUUUGUCCUGUUGGAAAGUGAACCUUCGCCCCAGUGUGGGGUCCUGAGCGCUCUGCAGCAGGUUUUCAUCAAGGAUCGCUCUGUCCUUUUCUCUGUUCAUCUUUCCCUCGAUCCUGAGUAGUCUUCCAGUCCCAUAUCCACAGCGUGAUGCUGCCACCACCAUGCUUCACCGUAGGGAUGGUGCCAUGUUUUCUCCAGACGUGACACUUGGCAUUCAGGCCAAAGAGUUCAGUCUUGGUUUCAUCAGACCAGAGACUCUUGUUUCUCAUGGUUGAGAGUCCUAUGGGUGCCUUUUGGCAAACUCCAAGUGGGCUGUCGUGUGCCUUUUACUGAGGAGUGGCUUCCGUCUUGCCACUCUACCAUAAAGAUCUGAUUGGUGGAGUGCUGCAGAGAUGGUUGUCCUUCUGGAAGGUUCUCCCAUCUCCACAGAGGAACUCUGGAACUCUGUCAGCAUGAUCAUCGGGUUCUUGGUAACCUCUCUGAGCAAGGCCCUUCACCCUCGAUUGCUCAGCUUGGCCGAGCGGCCAGCCCUAGGAAGAUUCUUGAUGGUUCCAAUCUUCUUCUGUUUAAGAAUGAUGGAGGCCAUUGUGUUCUUUGGGACCUCCAAUGCUGCAGAAUGUUUUGGUACCCUUCCCCAGAUCUGUGCCUCGACAAAAUCCUGCCUCGGAGCUCUACGGCUUAGUUUUUGCUCUGACAUGCACUGUCAACUGUGGUACCUUUUAUAUAGACAGGUGUGUGCCUUUCCAAAUAAUGUCCAAUCAAUAGAAUUUACCACAGGUGGCCUCCGAUCAAGUUGUAGAAACAUCUCAUGGAUGAUCUUUAUCGGGGUAUUGUGUGUAGAUUUAUAAGGAUUUUUUAUUUUUAUUUAAUCUAUUUAGAAAAAGGCUGUAACGUAACAAAAGGUGGACAAAGUCAAGGGCUCUGAAUAAUUUCCCGAAUGGACUGCAGCUACAUAACAGGAGUGUAUGUAAAUUGACUUUGGAGCAAGAAUGUGUUUGGUCACACAUCCAAUGUGGGGUCUACGUUACCUCAAUGUUCUCACAUAGACACAACCACAGCCAUUACAUUUACUGUCAUAUAUGGGCCUUUCUUUUGUUAACUAUGUGGAUGAGGAUUAUUCUUAUUUUUCUUCAGUCCCCCUCAUUUAGAAAGUGUCCCUUUCCUCAGGUGUCUGGAUGUUGGGAGAGCAGUGCUGUUCAUCAUAUCAAUUAGCCAGCGAUUCCCCUGAUGAGUCUUCAUUUUGAAACCUCACAUGUCGUUUGCCAUCCAAUGACUUAUCAUAUCUAUCACUUCAGAAAUAAUUGUGUAUAAAUAUCUAAUUUAUUGGUGUUUUUUUGGGGGGGUGGAUCGUGUAAAUGAGACGAUGUAUCUUGGACAUACUGGUACAGUUGUAGGAAAUUAUGGUAGGUUUACAUGAUGGUGAGUAGUGUUUGUUGAGGUGUGCCAAUGUACUGUAGUUAGGUCAAUAAAACAUGAGGAUACUGAGCUAUGGAAAUAGUGCUUUUGAUAUUGAUUUGUGUAUUUUAUUUGCCAUUUUGAACAUACUUUAGUUUAAAGGGGCGAUCAGUAGUUGAAACAAUAACAAACAGUUCUCUCCGCCCCCUGUUUCUGUUAAAAGUUGAGGGAUGGCGGCUGGAGAAAUGUAACCGCUCUCAAAUUCGUAGACGGAGCUAUAGAUGCUAGGACUGAACAUCCAUGAUAUCAAAAUGAUAGUUUUAACCAUGGUUUGAGGAUAUAUAGUGUUGGUUUACAUUGUUUGCAAACAUUGGUGUAAAAUAAGAUUUAUUUGUUGGGUUCCGAUGGGGGUACGACAGUUGAACAAGCUCAGAGGCAUAAGUUAUAUUCUUUAAGUCCAAAAGUGGAUGUAGCAAUUGCAGAUUGCCCCUUUUUUUAAUGAGAUAUACAUUUCAAUUUUGGAAAUAUUAUUCUUUGAGGUACUCCAAACAUGUACAGUGCCUUCAGAAAGGUAUUCCUACCUCCUGACUAAUUCUACGUUUAGUUGUGAAUUCAAAAUGGAUUACAUAGAUAUUUUCUCACCCAUCAACACACAACACCCCAUAAUAACAAAGUGAAAACAUGUUUUUUGACAAUACAGAAAUAUCUCAUUUACAUAAGUAUUCACACCCCUGAGUCAAUACUUUGUAGAAGCACCUUUGGCAGCGAUUACAGCUGUGAGUCUUUCUGGGUAAGUCUCUUAAGAGCUGAGAGUCUUUCUGGGUAAGUCUCUAAGAGCUGUGAGUCUUUCUGGGUAAGUCUCUAAGAGCUGAGAGUCUUUCUGGGUAAGUCUCUAAGAGCUGUGAGUCUUUCUGGGUAAGUCUCUAAGAGCUGAGAGUCUUUCUGGGUAAGUCUCUAAGAGCUGUGAGUCUUUCUGGGUAAGUCUCUAAGAGCUGUGAGUCUUUCUGGGUAAGUCUCUAAGAGCUGUGAGUCUUUCUGGGUAAGUCUCUAAGAGCUGAGAGUCUUUCUGGGUAAGUCUCUAAGAGCUGUGAGUCUUUCUGGGUAAGUCUCUAAGAGCUGUGAGUCUUUCUGGGUAAGUCUCUAAGAGCUGUGAUUCUUUCUGGGUAAGUCUCUAAGAGCUGUGAGUCUUUCUGGGUAAGUCUCUAAGAGCUGUGAGUCUUUCUGGGUAAGUCUCUAAGAGCUGUGAGUCUUUCUGGGUUAGUCUCUAAGAGCUGUGAGUCUUUCUGGGUUAGUCUCUAAGAGCUGUGAGUCUUUCUGGGUUAGUCUCUAAGAGCUGUGAGUCUUUCUGGGUAAGUCUCUAAGAGCUGUGAUUCUUUCUGGGUAAGUCUCUAAGAGCUGUGAGUCUUUCUGGGUAAGUCUCUAAGAGCUGUGAGUCUUUCUGGGUUAGUCUCUAAGAGCUGUGAGUCUUUCUGGGUUAGUCUCUAAGAGCUGUGAGUCUUUCUGGGUAAGUCUCUAAGAGCUGUUCACACCUGGAUUGAGCAACAUUUGUCCUUUUAUUCCUAUUCAAAAUUCUUCAAGCUCAGUCAAAUUGGUUGUUGAUCGUUGCUUGACAACCAUUUUCAAGUCUUGCCAUAGAUUUUCAAGUAGAUUUAAGUCAAACUGUAUCUCGUCCACUCAGGAUCAUUCACUGUCUUCUUGGCAAGCAAGUCCAGUGUAGAUUUGGCCUUGUGUUUUAGGUUAUUGUCCUGCUGAAAGGUUUUCCUCUAGAAUGUUGCCUGUGCUUAGCUCCAUUCUGUUUUAUUUUUUAUCCUGAAAAACUCCCCAGUCCUUAACAAUUACAAGCAUACCCAUAACAUGAUACAACCAACACUGUGCUUGAAAAUAUGGAGUGCUACUCAAUAAUGUGUUGUAUUGGAUUUUCCCCAAACAUAACACUUUAUAUUCAGGACAAAAAGUGAAUUGCUUUACCACAUUUUUUUGCAGUAUUACUUUAGUGCCUUGUUUGCAAACAGGAUGCAUAUUUUGGAAUAUUUGUAUUCUGUACAGGCUUCCUUCUUUUCCACCUGUCCCUUAGAUUAGUAUUGUGGAGUAACUACAAAGUUGUUGAUCCAUCCUCCGUUUUCUCAUAUCACAGCCAUUAAACUCUGUAACUGUUUUAAAGUCGCCAUUGGCCUCGUGGUGAAAAGUCAAGGGGUGUGAAUACUUUCUGAAGGCACUGUAUGUAUAUAUAGAGGCACUCAAACCUAGUUUGAACUAGAGCAUGAUUUUCUGCCAGUAGGCUACCUGUUAGCUAGCCUACAUGUUGGUACAGUCAGCCACAUAAAGAUUGUGUGUAACAUAAUACAACAUCAUUUGAAUCAUUUUAAAUGAUGCCUGGCGUUUUAAGUCUGCUGUUUUAAGCUCGCUAGGUUUGAUUAAAUCAAUUAUAUUUCCAAACAACAAUUUAUAUAUAUAUAUAUUUUUUAAUUUUACCCCCUUUUCUCCCCAAUUUCGUGGUAUCCAAUUGUUAGUAUCUUGUCUCAUCGCUACAACUCCCGUAUGGGCUCGGGAGAGACGAAGGUCAAGUCAUGCGUCCUCCGAAACACACCCCAACCAAGCCGCACUGCUUCUUAACACAGCACGCAUCCAACACGGAAGCCAGCCGCACCAAUGUGUCGGAGGAAACACCGUGCACCUGGCGACCUGGUUAGCGUGCACUGCCCCCGGACCGCCACAGGAGUCGCUAAUGCGCGAUGGGACAAGGACAUCCCUACCGGCCAAACCCUCCCUAACCCGGACGGACCCGGACGGAGUCUCAGAGUCUCUGGUGGCACAGCAAUGCAGUGCCCUAUACCACUGCGCCACCCGGGAGGCUACAAUUAAUAUAUUUAACCGGAAACCUCAAAGACAUACAGUACCAGACAGAAGUUUGCACACAACUACUCAUUCAAGGAUUUUUCUUUAUUUUCUACAUUGUAAACUAUGAAAUAACACAUGGAAUCAUGUAGUAACCAAAAAAGUGUUAAACAAAUCAAAAUAUUUUAUAUGUGAGAUUAGUAGUGACCCUUUGCCUUGAUGACAGCUUUGCACACUCUUGGUAUUCUCUCAUCCAGCUUCAUGAGGUAGUCACCUAGAAUGCAUUUCAAUUAACAGGUGUGCUUUUGUUAAAAGUUAAUUUGUGGAAUUUAUUUCCUUAAUGCAUUUGAGCCAAUCAGUUGUGUUGUGACAAGGUAGGGAUGGUGUCCAGAAGAUAUCCCUAUUUGGUGAAAGACCAAGUCCAUAUUAUGGCAAGAACAGCUCAAAUAAGCAAAGAGAAACGACUGUCCAUCAUUACUUUAAGAAAUUAAGGUCAGUCAGUAUGGAACAUUUCAAGCACUUUGAAAGUUUCUUCAAAGUGCAGUCACAAAUACCAUCAAGCGCUAUGAUGAAAGUGGCUCUCAUGAGGACCGACACAGGAAAGGAAGAUCCAGAGUUAUCCCUGCUACAGAGCAUAACUUCAUUAGAGUUACCAGCCUCAGAAAUUGCAGCCCAAAUAAAUUCUUCACAGAGUUCAAGUAGCAGACAUAUCUCAAAAUCAACUGUUCAGAGGAGACUGUGUGAAUCAGGCCUUCAUGGUUGAAUUGCUGCAAAGAAGCCACUACUAAAGGACACCAAUAAUAAAAAGAGACUCACUUGGGUCAAGAAACAUGAGCAAUGGACAUUAGACCGUGGAAAUCUGUCCUUUGGUCUAAUGAGUCCAAAUUUUAGAUUUUUGGUUCCAGCUGCCGAGUCUUUGUGAGACGCAGAGUAGGUGAACGGAUGAUCUCCGCAUGUGUUGUUCCCACCGUGAAGCAUGGAGGAGGUGUGAUGGUGUGGGGGUGCUUUGCUGGUGACACUGACACUGAUCCUAAUAAAAUACCAAAUACCUGUCAGUGAUUUAUUUAGAAUUCGGUGCACACUUAACCAGCAUGGCUACCACAGCAUUCUGCAGAGAUACAGCCUCCCAUCCGGUUUGCUCUUAGUGGGACUAUAAUUUGUUUUUCAACAGGACAAUGACCCAAAACACACCUCCAGGCUGUGUAAGGGUUAUUUGAACAAGGAAAUUGAUGGAGUGCUGCAUCAGAUGACCUGGCCUCCACAAUGACCCGACUUGAGAUGGUUUGGGAUGAGUUGGACCGCAGAGUGAAGGAAAAGCAGCCAACGAGUGCUCAGCAUAAAAUAUAUUUUGAUUUGUUGAAACCCUUUUUGUUUUGGUUACUAUAUGAUUCCAUAUGUGCUAUUUCAUAGUUUUGAUGUCUUUACUACUAUUAUACAAUGUAGAAAAUAGUUUUAAAAAAUAAAGAGAAACCCUUGAAUGAGUAGGUGUGUCCAAACUUUUGACUGGUCCUGUAUACUAAAACCUCAGCAUAUUUAUCAUCAAGUGUUUAACUAUAUUUUUAGGAAGUAGGUAUAAAUAAAUGUAAGAUAACUGUACCUGUAGUUUGUAGUUACACAAAAUCUGCUAAUCAACAUAUUGAAUAUAGUUUAUAUGGUUUCUUACUACUGAUAUAUUAAUGAUUGGUUUUUAGAAAAUGUAUGACUGUUUUGACAUUGUUGCUAUAUUGUGACUUAUAACUUAAUUUUUGAAUGAGCAUGGGUUCCCAAUUUAAGAUGAUCCUUGAAGAAUGAAGGUGAAAUUGUAAUUGAAAAAAAGUGAAUAUUGGUACUUAUACCACAACAAGGAAUUUGCCACAGUCUGUCCACCAAUAACUUGUGUGGUUUUAGGUUAAAACAUUAUUUAUGCUUCACGUCAUUUUUGGGGGGGAGGGGGUUACCUGUCAGUUUGCCAGAAAUGAUUGACCUCUAUUUGUACUGCUUGAUAAUAGGAAUGUUUUUGUUAGAAAUGUUUUUAAAUGAACCUGGACCAACAAAUGUAUUGCAAAUGUCUGGAAUACGUCAUUUCUCAUUACUUUGCAGCAUUUUUAUUUAUUUAUUACUGUUAUACAAUGGUAUUUUUUGUAUCGGCUGCUAACGCUAACAAAAUACAAUCAUUUUAGAGUAACAGUUGUUAGUCUUUAUCACGUGAAAGCUAACUUUGGUGCAUUUAAUGCAAAGUGUGAACUAUAUGAUAUGCAUAUGGAAUUUGAAACUAUGCUAUUUGCUUACGUUUGACUUUUAUCAGAAGUUCUGUAGGUUUUUGGGUCAUCUGGGGAAAAUUGAGUUAUCAAUCGAAAAUGAAAUUUCAUAGAAUGAUAGGCUUAUGUAUCGUUAAUGAAAGUGGACAGUGAGAUUCUGCGCUAGUUGCUACUUUCGUGAAGAUGCAAAGUCAGUUCCAAAUAUUGACAGCCCCUUGGUGAAGAUGAGCACAAAUAAAACACAUUUUGAGCUAUAUUGUAUGCAACAACAAAAAUAAUCGGAAAUCUAUAUUAUACCAAUACAAUUGCUCAGAUAAAGAGCUUUUUAAAUGUUUUUAUUUAACCUUUAUUUAACUAGGCAAGUCAGUUAAGAACAAAUUCUUAUUUACACGGACGGAUUUUUACCUUGUCAGCUCGGGGAUUUGAUCUAACAACCUUUCUGUUACUGGCCCAAUGAUCUAACUACUAGACUACCUGCUGUUUAACAAGUAAUACUUUUUUUCUCAAAAAUAUAGAUAACGGCACUGAGCCUUUUUCUAAAAAUGUCUUAUGAGUUGGAGAACACAUUGGGAGUGAUCUCAAUAUAGAAUCUUUCCAGAUCCUUGGUAUGUUACCUAUAUCCUUCGUCUGUACUUAUGGACUGUCCGCUUCAAUUGAAACCACCGGUUUACAAUGGGGUUCAAGUUUGUAGACUGAGAUGGCUAUUGAAAAAUGUUGUUUUUUGUGGUCAAUUAACAAUUUCUUUGUGGAUUUUCAUGCUUUGGGUUAUUGUGUUGCUGGAAGACCCACUUGCGGCCAAGUUUCAGCCUCCUGGCAAAGUGAACCAGGUUACAACUAUAUUACUGGAAAAAUUAAAAUACAACUCAUCAUUUUGAGGAUAAAGAAAACAUAAGGACAAUAGUACCAAUUGAGUUUGUUUGGGAUGCGUCCCUAUAUUAGUGAUUAAAUUAAAACUACCUCACGGAAAUGAGCAUAUUUAUUUUACUAUCUAACGAAAGUUGCAUACAGUUUUCCAGAACCAUUUCCUAACCCUUGCUUUGUCACCAUUUUGAGAUUUUCUUCUUAUAGAAGAACUUUGUGAAUGUUUUGUACAAAAAUAAAUGUUUUCAACAAUAAACUUUUUUUCCCCCCC